AUAGAAAAAGAAAAGGAAAACUGACAGCGAAAUUCAUUUAUAAGCCCAAACCCUAAUCCACAAACAACACUGCUCUCAACAGAAGAAAAGAAACUUUGCCCGGUGCUGCGGCGGCCACUUCCCCCUCUUCCUCGUCCAGGUAAGGCAGCUUCACAAGAUGGUGAGAGUCAGCGUUCUGAAUGAUGCUCUCAAGAGCAUGUACAAUGCUGAAAAAAGGGGGAAACGUCAGGUUAUGAUCAGGCCUUCAUCAAAGGUCAUCGUCAAGUUUCUUUUGGUCAUGCAAAAGCAUGGAUACAUAGGCGAGUUCGAGUUUGUUGAUGACCACAGGUCCGGAAAGAUUGUGGUUGAAUUGAACGGAAGGCUAAACAAGUGUGGUGUUAUUAGCCCUCGGUUUGAUGUUGGUGUGAAAGAAAUUGAGCCUUGGACUGCUAGACUCCUUCCAUCAAGACAGUUUGGUUAUAUUGUGUUGACUACAUCUGCUGGUAUCAUGGAUCAUGAGGAAGCUCGGAGGAAAAAUGUUGGAGGUAAAGUACUGGGCUUCUUCUAUUAGGCUGGCCAUGAUGUCUGUAGCAGCCUUCAUACAGUUGCGUGCCUGGCCUGGCCUGGCCUGUUAAGGUUGCAAUGGCUUAGGUGCAUUUCUUUUUGGUGACUGUUUCAUACUUAUUGUGUUGACUACAUUAAGGAUUGUCAUUGUUAUAAAUUUUGGUGACUGUUUCAUACUUAUUCUUCAAGUUGAAUGUUGACGAUUGUUCUGUCUCGCGA